AUGCCGACUCAGGCCAAACCUGAUUCCAGCUAUGCGUCCAAUCGUCUGACGAAGAGGAACGCUCCGCGCAAGCAUCUUUUGUCUAAUUUCAAUGAACCAGAGUCAGAAUAUGAGAAAACCGAUGUUGUGGGAAUCAAGAACGAGUCUGUUCAACCUAGCGUCCAGAUAAAGCCGGAGAUUGAUACAGACGCGGAGCCUUUGAGCUCCGAUGAAGAGGAAGCAGAAGACUCCAAACUGGACAUUGCUCAGCAUAGCAUUAAGGAAAGAGCGGAAAUUGAUGCAAAUGCCGAACCUUCGAGCUCCGACGAAGAGGAAGUCGAAGAUCCCAUGCCCGACAUCGCUCAACCUAGCGUCGAGAACAAGCCAGAGAUUGAUACAGACACCGAACCUCUCAGCUCCCCGCCCCUCAGCUCCCCACCCCUCAGCUCCCCACCCCUCAGCUCCCCACCCCUCAGCUCCCCACCUCUGAUAUCUCAUGAAGAGGGAGAGGAAGAGGAAGAGGAAGUCCCAAAAUCGAACGCUGCUCAGCCUAGCAUCAAGAGAGAGUUUGAUAUCGACACCGAUGCCGAUCCUCUAAGCUCUGAUGAAGAGCGAGUUAGCGAUAGCGAUACUUCCCCACCUUGCAAAGACGUGAACUAUAGGGCUAUGGCUUUGGAGAUGAAGCUUGCGGAAGGAAACAAUAGGGCAUACAGUAGUGCACAAACUCAUAAUGGAUACUCUCGCAAAGGCACUUUUGCGCGAACCCUGAGCGCUAUGACGGGCUCCGAUGAUGAGGACGACCUAUUUUUAUUCUCCUCGCAGAGCCGUAAGCGGCAAAGGGCAACAAAAUAUGCGUCCAAGACCACCUAUUUCAACAGGCCAUCUUUCCCGCCACCACCGACGGAGAAAGUGAAAGAGCCGUCGCCAGUCGAUGAAGCCCCCAAAGAACCCGAGGAGACGUUUAUAAUGCCAAAGGACAUUGAAAACUCGAGUUUCCGAGAACUUCGUGGCGGGGAAGACUCAAACUCCAGUCUCUCGUACGGCCCGUACACUAUGGAAGAAUACGAAGCAAUGUUGCUUGACGAUGAUUCACCCCUUUCAUCCCCAUCUUCUUCCACCUGUGAGCAAAUGUCGCAGCUAGAUGAACUCGCAGCGAAAGAGAACCGCCAACCAUCACCACCCCGCCUAGCCCUGUGCCCGAUGUGCCAUAAGGAAGUAGACUGGGCUUCUCUAGAACUGUUCAAAGCACAGCCGAAGCAACGUAUUCGCGAACAGGUUAUGUUCUGUGAAUCACACAAGCUUCGCAGUGCGAUGGAUCUGUGGCGUGAGCGAGGGUACCCUAAUAUUGACUGGGAUAGGUUUGAAGAGCGUGUUCAGAGCUAUUUCCCCGAGCUCGAAAAACUACUUGUGCCUGGUGCUUUCUCUUAUUACCGAAAUAUUCUCAGUACGUCUUUCGCACCAGGGAAAGCGAGAAACUCCCGUGUGAGAGUGAGUGAUGGCGAGAGGCUUGAGACGAUGACCUGUGGUUAUUAUGGUACCAUGGGUGCAACCAGAAUACUAGAAACAAUCAUCCGUCGUUUUUCUGUGGUUGUACGUCGCCUAGCGACAACAGAUGAUCUCAUCAAGACGGCAGGCGUGGCUGGCUACACACAGUCUGUUCUUGUGCCUGAGCUCGCCGUCCUCUUGGUCAAGGAUGACAUGAAAGUCAACGACGAAGAUGCCCGUCGGAUUAUGAGGGAGAGUAUGGACAUUGGUAGCAGGGUCAAUCCAGACCUCAAUGUUGUCCCGGUACCGGAAGAUGUCGAAUUAUGA